AUGGAGAUCAUUUAUCGUUGUCCCGACGAAGCGGGCGUGACGGUCCCGAGCGGCGUGCUUCUCCCGGAGUUCGCGCUCGAGAAUGCGUCGCGAUGGGCCGACAGACGCGCCUUCGUCGAUGGCGUCACGGGCCGCGCACUCACGUUCGCUCAGGUGGACGAGCUCGUGUACAACGUGGCUGCUGGCAUCACCGAUCUUGGUAUCUUUCCCGGCGAGUCGGUGCUGCUGCUGCUCCCCAACAUGCCAGAGUACGCGGUGCUCUUCCUCGGGAUCAUCGCAGCGGGUGCAGUGGUAACCAUCGCCAACCCCGCCUACAGCGCGCGAGAGCUGGCACACCAGAUGGUGGAUGCGGGGGCGCGCAUGGUCAUCACCUCACCCGAGCUCUUAGAGAAGGUGCAUCACGUCAACACAGGCCAGUCCAUCGUCUUUGUCGUCAUCAAUAACGACAGCAGCCACAACGGCAGCACUAGCAGCAGGUCCAACCCCCUGGGCACGAUCAGCAUCGACCGAUUGCUCCGUGCCAACGGGUCCAAGAUCCGAUCACAGCGACAGCACCUCCACCGCACCCUUCAGCACCAGCACCACCACCAACAGCAACAACCGCCCUCUUACACAGCACACAGAACAGCAGCAGCAGCAGCAGCAGCAGCAGCAGUGGUACCAUCCCAGCACGACACGUGCGCACUGCCCUACUCAUCAGGAACAACGGGCGUGUCUAAGGGCGUCAUGCUCUCCCACCGCAACCUCAUAGCCAAUGUGCAGCAGCUGCUGGCGGGCACCAACCCGCGGCUGGACCUGUGUGGGGAGGACGUGGUGCUGGGGCUGCUGCCCAUGUUCCACAUCUACGCCAUCACCCUCGUCAACCUGCUCUCACUCCGUGGCGGCGCGUGUGUCGUCACCCUUCCCAGGUUCGACCUGCACCAGUACCUGCGAACACUGCAGGACUACCGAGUCACCGUCGCCCCCAUCGUGCCGCCCAUCAUCCUAGCCAUGGCCAAGCUGCCCCUCGUUGACUCCUUUGACCUCUCCUCGCUGCGCCGAGUCGUGUCGGGAGCAGCUCCUUUGGGGGCGGAGCUCGAGACUGCCUUCCGGUCGAGAUUCCCAGCAGUGCAGCUGGGGCAGGGCUACGGCAUGACAGAGGCAUCUCCCACCGUCACUGCCUCGCGCCUCUUUGCCCGCGUGCCCCGCCCGCCCGCUCCCGGAUCGUGCGGGUCGGUGCUACCGCUGACGGAGGUGAAGGUGGUAGAUACGGGCACGGGGGAGUCGCUGCCUCCGAAUGAGAGAGGGGAGCUCUGGGUGCGAGGACCGCAGGUCAUGAAAGGCUAUCUGAACAACCCCGAGGCCACAGCAGCCACACUCACGCCUGACAGCUGGCUGCGCACUGGUGACGUGGCGUAUGUGGAUGGCCAGGGGGAGAUCUACGUGGUGGACCGAGUUAAAGAGCUCAUUAAAGUGAAAGGCUUCCAGGUGCCUCCUGCAGAGCUGGAGGGUCUGCUGAUCGCCCAUAAUGACAUUGCCGAUGCUGCAGUUGUUCCUGCCCCAAGUGAAGAGAGUGGGGAGGUGCCGGUGGCGUUUGUUGUGCUACGUCAAGGUGGUGCCAAGCUGUCAGUCAACGAAGUCAAGGAUUUCAUCAGCAAGCAGGUGGCGACAUACAAGAGGCUUCACGAUGUGAUAUUUGUGGAUGCUAUUCCAAAGACCGCUUCUGGCAAGGUGUUGCGCAAGGACCUGAAGGCACGACUAUGA